AUGGCCGCAGACAAAUCCGACGGAUCUUCGCGCAGCGCUUUCCUCGCACUGUGCCUCACCUGCAAGACCCUUCUCCGCGCAACCCGGCCCCUCCUGUACGCAGAAGUCCAUCUCGACCGGCCGACAGCGGAGGGCUGUGCGCUCACAUCGACUCGCCAACUUGCGCGUACGCUCUGCGCAGCACCUCAUCUUGGACUGCUGAUUCGGAAGAUUACUUCGUCGCCUCUAUUGGAGUCUUGGGACCAGCUCUACGAUGUGCGUGACGCUGUGCAUGGAGAGCGCGAUUCCGCGGACUUGUUGCAAUUUGAGAAAGUCCUGACGUCAAAAUUGCACAGCGAGGCCGAUGUUGCUUCAUUGGCAAAAGCCUUUGCCACGGGCUUCGAUGAAAUCUUGGGAUUCCGGCCUGAUGUCUUGGUUGUUUUGAUGAUGUCGACCCAGGUCGAGUCAGUGGCUAUCCAUCAAGUCGGCGUUUAUUGGAACUCAGGUCGAGAGGAAAUGGCCGUCGGAGUGCCGUUGGUAAUGUUCUGGGCGAGGAAAAACCUGCUGCACCUUCCUUCCGAUGCAUUUUCGCAUUUGACGGAGCUCAAGAUCGACGGACUACAGCUAUGCGAAGACUACGCGAGUGUUCCGAUGUGCAAAUUCAUGUCACCGGAAGGGUCUUUGAGGGCCGUCCCAGCAGUCAUGGGCCUCUCGUCUCUUCAGCGACUUGAAGUCAGCGGUGUCUCUUGGAACAUGUCACAUGAUAAGUGGCCGCUGGCCAAGGGGUCGAGUUCGAUCAAGUCAUUGGACCUUUUGGACUGCAACCUGAACUCUCGUACAAUCACGGCUCUAAUCGAGACCUGUAGUGUGUUACACGAGUUCAGCUACGCAGCAAGAAGCCCACGCAUACAGAUGGAACGAAUCGGUCAAGGGCCAUUUGACUACCAAGUCGGUACCUUGGCUUUGCACGCUGCCCUCAGCCCACACAAGGCCACCCUGCGCGACCUCACGAUCAUCAAUCUCGAAGAUGAGGGCCGCCUUUGGGAUGCGAACGACGAGUUCUCCCUAUCAGGCUUUCACAGCCUUACGUCACUCGAGAUCGACUUGCAGCUCCUGGUCGGAAACCAAGGACAGACCAACAUCUCCACUGCUGUCCGAUCCCUGCCCUCCACCCUUCGAAAAUUGGUCAUCCACGUCUACUCCGUAUCGUUUCCGCUGGAAAUUUUCAUCAACGAGCUCAAGACCCUUCAGCACCGAGGUCUAGAUCGCUUUGAGGCCACUCUGCCUCCCAAAGACAAUUGGGGAGGCAGCACUUCAGACCGGCAAUUCUUCGAGAUAGUUUAUGAUCACAAUAGUCGUUACGAUCCUGCGUUCGAGCGAUAUCCUGUCGUGUUGAACGUGGGCGAUUAUCGCUCUUGUCAUAGGGUCAUCUUCCGCUGCAGAGGCUUGCAACAGUGGUCGGAGGAGGAGGUUGAGGCGCUCGCGGACGCCUUUCGGCGUAGAGACGUGAGCAGCAUGGAGGUUCUGCCAUGA